AUGGUGCUGGUGCCGGAGGAGGAUGGUGGGUCGCGCGCGUACCGAGGCGUGAUGGUCGCGGGCUGCCCAAUGGGGGAGGCAGGGUUUGUGGAUGUGCGUGGUUACACCGCGCCCAGGCGGAGGCCGAGCAGGGGCCAGAGGUUGUGCGUUGUGGAGGCGUCCGUCGUUGUGGCUUGCGGCGGGCUGCUCGGCGACGCGCUCGAGGCGCUGCACCGGCGGCCGCCCUUCGCGAUUAAGCCGCGGCGAGGCGACUUUUUGCUCUUUGACGGGUCGGCCCGCGCGCUCGUCGGCGCCACGCCCGUCGGCGUGUACGUCUGGCGGUCGGCGCUCGGCGUUGUGGCGUGCGGCCCGACCGCGGAGCCCGUGAGGGAGGAGGUGCGCGCGGCGCUGCUCGACGCGGCGUGCGCCGCCGUGCCGCAGCUCCGCGAGGCUGGCGUGGCGGGAUCCUACUCUGGCCUCCGGCCGGGCUGUGACCUCUCCGCCGACUACCAGAUCGGGCGCGCCGAGGGGUCGAGCUGGGUCACCGUGGGCGCCAUCCGCUCCACCGGCCUCACCGGGGCGCUCGGCAUCGCCCGCCGCGCAGCCGCACUCUGCGACGAGGCGUGGCGCGAGAGCGGGGGCGCAGCCGAGCCGCCGCCGCCGCCGAGCGGCGCCGUGCGGACGACGCCGCUGCCGCCGCUGCACGAGAUUGCGGCCUCGUACCGCGCGCGCGCCGACGGGAGCGUCGUCUUUGGCGCCGACGAGGCGGGCUUCGGCCCGCACCUCGUGACGCACCCGCUGACGGCGGCAGGGCUGGACGCGCAGCUCGCGGGGAUGCUGCGCGGGACGGCGAUAUGA